UGCAGAUUAUAAAAACAUUAACAAUAAAUAUACAUUUAACUAUUUUCAUUGUAAAAUAAAUUAAUUGUUGCACAUACGUAAUAGAGCCGCAGCGCGGUCUCACUGAUCGCGCGCGGGCGACGCGGCGACGCUCAGCGGGGCGGGGUCAUGAUCUUCGCCAUUCGCGUUCAUUCGACUUCACUCACUCAACCGACAUACAUACUCGUACAGUCAGUUUUCGUUCAUGGACAAACAUGGACUUACCAAUGGGUAAAGAAUUCGUCAUAACUGAUGGCUCCGAAGCUCUUAGUAAAACCACUCCGACUGAGAAUAUGGCACCGUGCAAUCACGAAGAAGCGGACACACGGAUAAUGCUUCAUCUUGCUGACGCUGUGAAAGGGCACUCCAAGGUAAUGUUAAGAACAGUCGACACAGAUGUCGUCGUACUAGCAAUAUCUUGUGUGCCAAAGCUAGAAGGCCUAGAAGAACUAUGGGUGCACAUUGGAACAGGACGAAAUCACCAAUACCUGGCGUGUCACACUAUAUCUUCAUGUUUAGGUAACAGACUUAUUAGUACCCUAAUCAAUUUUAUGACAAGAUCAAUCAAAUUUAAUACUAAAUUAAUGGUCUUCUUUAUUGUUACAGGCCCUGAAAGAACACACGUUUUGCCCUUAUUUCAUUCUUUCACCGGAUGUGACACAACCUCAUCCUUUAACGGAAGAGGGAAAAAAACCGCGUUUGAAGCUUGGAAAGCAUAUCCGAAUGUCACACGGGGGUUUGAAGCACUGUAUAGGGGGGAAUAUGACAGAGCGGACCCUGAAAUUCAAAAAUUUGUUAUUACCAUGUAUGACAGAUCAUGCCCCUCUGAGACAGUAAAUGAGUGUCGCAAGAAUUUAUUUACAAAAAAAGACAGGCAAAUCGAUAAUUUGCCUCCUACUGAAGCUGCUCUCAAACAACAUACCUUAAGGGCAGUUUUACAGGCUGUUUAUGUUUGGGGGCAGUGCCUAAUAAAAAACCAGAAUAUUCCUUGCCCAUCUGAAUGGGGUUGGCAGAAAGAAGGAGAAGUUUGGGUGCCACUGUGGACCCAAAGUCCUAUGGCUGCUCAAGCAUGCCUGGAGUUGAUUAGAUGUAGGUGCUUGAAAUCUUGCAGAAACAAAUGUAAUUGCUCCAAACGCCAGCUCAAAUGCACAGAACUAUGUAAUUGUGGAGGAAAUUGUAAAUAAAUGUCUGUAAACUUUAA